UUUGACGGCGAUGCAAAAGGCGAUUUAGGUUUCCAUGUUUUCACGAAGGUGGGAUCUGGGUAUCACCAACGGUGAAUGGAUCGGAGGAGAUCUUUAUCAAAUCAACGUUCGCACAUACAUGGGAAGACAAUUUCCUUCGGAUUCUCGAUGUAUGGCAAUGAAAUUUCGAGUUGUUUUUUCGGAGAAGAUAUGGAAGAUCAGGUUUGUGGGGGAACAAAAUUUGGUUUCAAUCAUCUUUAAGAUGAAAUCGAAUGUAUUUAAAGAGUCAGUUGCUACACAAGAGUUAGAUGAAGAAUGGUGAUACCACCCGCAAGAGGUUGAAGAUCUCGGUGCCCCACUUUGACAACUCUAAGUUGAUCAGAACCUUCUCCAAAACGUUGAUUGGUCGGUGCAUGAACCCGGAGGAACAAGACAUGAAGGCUUUGAUCACAAACCUGCCGAAAAUCUGGUGUUUGGAGAAACGGGUUACUGGAAUGGACCUGGGACUUGGAAAGUUUCAAUUUGUAUUUGAAACUGAGGAGGAGAUAGAGGGGGUCUUGAAGCUUCAACCUUAUCACUUCGACUACUGGAUGCUCUCACUGGCUCGAUGGCAACCAAGGAAAUCUCCUAAACUCCCUUCGGAGAUAACUUUUUGGGUUCGGGUUUUAGGCGUCCCUGCAGAGUUCAAGACGGCUCCUACUUAUGAGAGUAUCGGGGAUGCUAUUGGAAGAACGGUGAUGGUGGAUGUGGAACACGCGCGGGUUCAAGUGGUGGUGGACGCUUUCAAGGAGCUCUGCUUCGAAACCACUAUAGACUUCAAAGGUGGGGAAUUCUACGAGAGUGAGGAGGCCUUGGUAUCUCUACGGUACGAGAAGCUUUUUGGCUUUUGUCAAUUUUGCUCCAGUCUUUGUCAUAAGGACGAGAAGUGUCCUCUGGAUCCUAAGAAUAUAAAGAAGAGCCCGGAGAAGAGUAGGGAGAUGAGAGAGGGAAAUGGUGGAUGGCACGAUGUAGGAAAACAUGAUGAGAGAGCCCGGAGUUACAAGGGAGUGGUGAUCAAUGGAAAUAGCAAUCAACCAAACAGAGAGAAGGAGAGUCGAGCUUAUUUUGGGAAGGGGAAAGGCAAAGUGGCCGAGGAUCAUGAUCACAAAUGGGUGAAGACAGCGGAGAUGGGUCAUAAGAGGGUCUCUUCCUACCAUGGGAACUCCUGUGGUGAUGCAGGAAGUUCGUAUAGAAGAUCAUCACGAAGAGAGGAAACAAAUGUGGCACCACAGGAGGAUCGGGUUCAAACAUCUCCAAGACGUGUGGAACGUCAAGAUGGUCAGAAUGAGAUAAGAGAAGAGACACGUGAGGAAGGGGAGAUUAAGAGUGCUGGCGAGGAAGCUUUGGCUCUUGUUUCUAAGGAAUUUCAAGCUGCACUUGCUGAGACACAGUCGGCUGGUUUGGAGGUGAUCUCCGAUCCUGUGGAUGGAGAGGAGGGCCUACAAAAAAUCCAAAGUCUUUUGGAGAAUGAUCGAGCCCCGGAGGGAGAAGUGGAGGAUGUGAUGGAGAUGGACAAAAUUCAGGCAGCAUUGCUGGAACAUGGUUUGGAUAUGAAUGCGAUAGAUGCUCUUCCGGCAGUCUCUGAGGAGGGAAUGAUUGCGGGGUACGAAGAGGAAGAUCAACUUCAGUAGGCAGGGGAACAGGCUAAUGGCGAAGAUGAGAAGAAUAAGGAUGCAACGGAGCAGGCCAAGAAACAGGGGACUCGUAAAAGACUGUUCAAACCUUCAAUCUACGUACCAGGAAGUACAAAGAUGAGGAUUGCAGCAGCGCUUGUCUCUCCUCGCAAACGUGCAGCAGCCAAGAUGGGGACUCGUAAAGGGGAUACAAAUAAGCCAUUGGAGAGUAAGGGACCGUCAAACCCAAACUCUGGAAACCUGAAGAACUAAUUUUAUGGAUCAAGUCUUACUAGUAUCUAGCAAGCAGGGUCUGGGGUGUUUAAUUUUCAAAGUUUUCUUAUUGAUGUUUUGGUAUUGGGAAAGAUCUCUUUAUAAGAUCAUGCGUUGGAAUAAAAUUUGCUAUUUGGAUUACUGGUGUUGGCGUGGUUUGGAUCAGAGGUUUAUUAUCUUUGCAUUCAGAUGUUUUGGUUAUGUUGGUAAGUCUUUGGCACACGGCUCAGCUUUGGAAAAGUUAUUGUGGCCGGUCUCAUUUAACCGAAUGCAGUGAAGAACUCGAAGAAUUUGUCACAGGUUGGCAAGGUCUAUUGGUCUGGAGCGUCAACAAGAACGAGGAAGGAGUGAUGUUCGAUACAAAGGUAACAGAUGGAGGGUGCAAAGUUCUUUUCUAAAUAAGUGUCGUAUUACACGGUUUGAGGCUCCAUUUGGUUUACGGAGGAUCACAUUAUGGAUUACAAUACUGGCACUUUGGCUCUUACCUCGCAGGAACAGAGUUAGGCAGCUUCAGGUUAAUAUGUUGGACAAAUAUUGGGUCAAGAUAAUAGUAAACAAUAAUGUCUUUUUGGUUUUAUUGCAUAUUGUUCUUUCGGAUCAAGAUAAUGUUGUAGAAACAUUUGUUCAGUAUUGUUACUUAAAGGUUUUGAUUUGGGUUUGGUGUUGCUUAUAUAUGG